AUGUACUCUCAGGCAGUGUUUCUUUACUGGGGCUGUGAUGAGAAUCAGCAACUACAAAUAAGGUCAAAUACUUCCCCUGAAAAAAUUAUAUCCCAGGCAUCCACAGAGAACUGGGUAGGCUCAUGGAGACCACAUAAACCAAGGGGACCGAUUGCAGCACACUAUAGCAGUCCAGGGCCAAAAUAUGGACUCCCAGGUUCUACAGGAACUCUUAAUCAUGAUCCCAGAAAACACCAAUUCCCUGCAUAUACUUUUGGACUUCGUCACUGUGCACUCAGAAGGGAGUGCUCUCCAGGCCCAACAUAUUUCAUACCACCUUGCAUCACUCGGACUGGAAAGGAAGGUGUCCCCUCCUAUUCAUUGUAUGGACGUCACAAGGAGUUCAACAAAUUUCGGACUCCUGGUCCUGGGCAAUACUAUCCCGAACAUUCUGGGAAGAAUGUAUUUACAACAGCUCCAGCAUACACCAUGGGUUCAAAAUGUAAAGGAUUUAAAAAUGAACAGACUCCAGGUCCAGCGGCAUAUUCACUCCCCCCUAUGUUGGGACCCAAAGUGGUGAACAAAUCAUCAUCACCUUUUUAUUCCAUGUCUGGAAAGAGCAAUAUUGGAAGCUUCUGUGAAGACCUAAAAAAAUCUCCUGGUCCAGCUUCAUACACAACAACAGAUCUCAAUACCUACAAAUAUAAGUCACCUCAGUUCAGCAUGAUAGGACGCAAUGUCAUGCCAGGGGACUCGACAAGAAAACCAGGACCAGGAGCGCACUGCCCAGUGGAAGUCACAGUCACUAAAACCAAAGCUCCUUGUUUUACAUUUGGAAUUAGACAUUCCCCAUAUCUGGCACCACUGAUUAUCACUGGAGCUAAAUAAUACAGGAGAACAUCAAAAUUGAACACAAUUCCUGGACAUCAUUGACGAGUAAACAAGCCAGGUGUCUGGUCCUAGGAGAAUUUUCAACAAGGAGCCAUUCCAGACAAUUUCGCUGCUUUGGACACAAAAAAACAGCCCUUGAAAUUCUGUUUACUAGGAAUUUGUAAGAAAUAAGGAAUAAUCUUGGACUAAAGGAUACUUGCCAAAUAACCUUCCAAGUACUUGAACAGAUGUACAGAUUUUUUUCAAGUUUCUACCUCUACUGAAGAUAUGGUAA